GCUUCAGGAUCGAAAGAGAAUCUUGAAUCAGCUGUAAUGGAAACAAGGUGAAAGAAGCAACAAAUAAGACGAGUUAAGAUGGCUGUAUCUCGAUUUUCAUUAUCAUUUCUUCGACGUGCGUCAAAUUUGCAGUUUUUGGGAGCACAGCAGCAAAAAAUUAAAUUGACAAAUAUAAUGAAGAAGCGUUUCUACUCAGCUGAAGUAGCUCCUAAUGCGAGUACAUGUGGCUUGGAUUUGUUAAUUACAAGUCUCACUCAGGAAAUUAGUGUUGAAGGGGCUGAAAUCAAUACAGUUGCUACUGUUGAAGGUCUCAAGAAGGUUUGCUCAAAGUUGAAAGGUCCAAUCAGUGGUGAAAUUUCUGUAAGAGUUUUAACACGUUUUGCUGAGCUUGCUAAUGAAAGUGUCGAUAUCCAAAAAGCAGCAAUUUAUUUGAAGAAAGGUUUAUUAGCUGAAAUGAACAAAUCAUUAAAAAGUGAAAAGCUGCAUAUGAACUCAUCGCUUGAAGCCAUAUGUGCAUUAGUUAUUCUCGAGCUUACUCAAGAAUCCAUCUUUGAAACACUGAUCGACAUAUUAAGACAACAAUUUUCCACCGAUCUGUUCUCUGUCCCUGUCUCACCAUUGGUCCGUUUAGCUGCUUUAGUGAAUAGCAAAAAGAUCCGCCUGCCCGACGAUCUGUUCCGUCAGAUGAAGGAGUGGUUGCAGUUAAAGGCAAGUGAAAUCACAGAGCCAAAAGACAUAGUUUCCGUGAUUGUAUGUUGGAAUAAAAGCGACAGUUGGUUCAACAUAUUUGUUGAAAAAGCAAAAAGCUGUAUAUCUUCAAUGUCUUCAAGUGAGCUCAUCGACAUGAUGUCAAAUUUGGCAAAAAGUUCAAGCCGACCGCCCCAUGUUUUGCGUCUUAUCUGCAGUACUUUUGAGCAGAAUAAGAAGGACUUAUCAGUUAACCAGUUGAUGUUGUUAGCACAAUCAGCUGCAAAAUUACGAUUCAUGGAUAAUAGACUUCGGCGGAUUAUAGCUGACGAAACUUUUGCCAAUAUUAGUCGUUUUACUAAGUGGUCGCAAAUUAAUACGAUUGUUAAUUCGAUGACGAAGUUACAUAUUGGCGACUUUCGAACAUGGAAUGCUAUUGCUGCGUGGAUCAAUAAUAAUCAAAUGAAUGCUGCUCCUGCCGAAUUAUCAUACGCUGUGCAUUGGUGUGCAGUUGCUGGCAAAGGUGAUUUAAUUCAAGAAGCAAGUGCAUAUCUAUGUGAAAAGUUGACUUCUUCAAAUAUUGACUCACCCAAGACGUGGCUUAGUACAAUCUAUGCUUUAGCAACUUGCGACAAAUUAUCACCAGAACUGGCAGAAACUGUAUUACAACCGUCAUUCGUCGCAAAUGUAUUAGGAGGGUUGAAUGGUUUUCGAAAACUAAUGGCUGUAACAACUAUCGCUCAAGUGCAACAAUUUUUGAAAGCAAUAUUAAAUAAAACUUAUCAAGGACCUUCAGUUGAUAUUUUGGAUCUUAUGCAGCUCCCGCCAGCAACUUUGAAUGAUAUGGCUUUGAAACUGCGUUACGGGAAGAGUGAGGAAGAAAAUGUCCGAUAUUUUCAUUCAUUGCUGCAUAAACUGGUUCCGGUGAAUUCAUAUUCAUUUUCGCCUGUUCUUAAUGGGGAUGGGAUUUUUGUUAAUGCAGUCAUUAAGCUUGAUGCUAGAGGGAAUCGUUUUGUUCCACUGAGCCACUUUGAGGAAACGAAGGUACCUCGUUUGGCUGUGAUUUAUCUCUCUUGGAAAGAUCGGACAUUACCAUAUGAUAAUGACGAGAAGAGCACUUUAAUGGGACCGCCGUUGCUGAAUAUGCGUUUGCUAAAAGCCAAGGGGUUUAUUCCCGUGUUAUUUUCACAGGAUGAUUUCGAUUCUAACACUUCGUUGAAGCAGCAAUUCACCUUUAUUAAAGCAAAACUUGAAGGGGCUUCAGAUGACAGAGGAACUAGAUAGUGAUUACUCAUUGUUUCCGAAUUACAUUUGUUGUCAAGCAUUUACGUAUUCCGUCAUCAUUCGGGAAUUAGUUCGAGAAAAAUUUAGUUCCGGAAUUUAGUUCCAUGAUACAAUUAUAAUAAUUUCUUCCAGUGUUAUCGUAGGAUAUAAUUUCUCUUAUUGACACAUACGAAACACCGAUUAUUUUCUUUUUUUC